UCGUAAUUUCUUGGGCGACGAAAGGCCAUUUUCUUUGGAUAUUGAAGGCUACAGAUCACGGAUUCGGCCUGAGGCUAUUCUCCAACGAUGAUUGAGUCCAUUAAGCACCGAUUUGGGCGGAUUUAUUCCGGGUCAAUUUUUGGCAGAUUUCAAAGGGAUACCAUCACAGAUUUCGAGCAAUUUAUCCAAAAUGCCAUUUUCUUUCGAUUCUGGAGGCUACAGAUCACGAAAUCAGGCCGAGGCUAUUCUCCACCGAUAAUGAAGUCUAUUGAUCCUAUUCUCCACGAAUGAUAAGUCCGUUAAGCAUCGAUUUGGGCCGAUUUAUUUUCGGAUGGCAUUUUCGUAAUUUCUUGGGCGACGAAAGGCCAUUUUCUUUGGAUAUUGAAGGCUACAGAUCACGGAUUCGGCCUGAGGCUAUUCUCCAACGAUGAUUGAGUCCAUUAAGCACCGAUUUGGGCGGAUUUAUUCCGGGUCAAUUUUUGGCAGAUUCCAAAGGGGUACCAUCACAGAUUUCGAGCGAUUUAUCCGAAAUGCCAUUUUCUUUCGAUUCUGGAGGCUACAGAUCACGAAAUCAGGCCGAGGCUAUUCUCCACCGAUAAUGAAGUCUAUUGAUCCUAUUCUCCACGAAUGAUAAGUCCGUUAAGCAUCGAUUUGGGCCAAUUUAUUUUCGGAUGGCAUUUUCGUAAUUUCUUGGGCGACGAAAGGCCAUUUUCUUUGGAUAUUGAAGGCUACAGAUCACGGAUUCGGCCUGAGGCUAUUCUCCAACGAUGAUUGAGUCCAUUAAGCACCGAUUUGGGCGGAUUUAUUCCGGGUCAAUUUUUGGCAGAUUCCAAAGGGGUACCAUCACAGAUUUCGGGCGAUUUAUCCGAAAUGCCAUUUUCUUUCGAUUAUGGAGGCUACAGAUCACGGAAUCAGGCCGAGGCUAUUCUCCACCGAUAAUGAAGUCUAUUGAUCCUAUUCUCCACGAAUCAUAAGUCCGUUAAGCAUCGAUUUGGGCCAAUUUAUUUUCGGAUGGCAUUUUCGUAAUUUCUUGGGCGACGAAAGGCCAUUUUCUUUGGAUAUUGAAGGAUACAGAUCACGGAUUCGGCCUGAGGCUAUUCUACAACGAUGAUUGAGUCCAUUAAGCACCGAUUUGGGCGGAUUUAUUCCGGGUCAAUUUUUGGCAGAUUCCAAAGGGGUACCAUCACAGAUUUCGGGCGAUUUAUCCGAAAUGCCAUUUUCUUUCGAUUAUGGAGGCUACAGAUCACGGAAUCAGGCCGAGGCUAUUCUCCACCGAUAAUGAAGUCUAUUGAUCCUAUUCUCCACGAAUGAUAAGUCCGUUAAGCAUCGAUUUGGGCCAAUUUAUUUUCGGAUGGCAUUUUCAUAAUUUCCUGGGCGACGAAAGGCCAUUUUCUUUGGAUAUUGAAGGCUACAGAUCACGGAUUCGGCCUGAGGCUAUUCUCCAACGAUGAUUGAGUCCAUUAAGCACCGAUUUGGGCGGAUUUAUUCCGGGUCAAUUUUUGGCAGAUUCCAAAGGGGUACCAUCACAGAUUUCGGGCGAUUUAUCCGAAAUGCCAUUUUCUUUCGAUUCUGAAGGCUACAGAUCACGGAAUCAGGCCGAGGCUAUUCUCCACCGAUAAUGAAGUCUAUUGAUCCUAUUCUCCACGAAUGAUAAGUCCGUUAAGCAUCGAUUUGGGCCAAUUUAUUUUCGGAUGGCAUUUUCGUAAUUUCUUGGGCGACGAAAGGCCAUUUUCUUUGGAUAUUGAAGGCUACAGAUCACGGAUUCGGCCUGAGGCUAUUCUCCAACGACGAUUGAGUCCAUUAAGCCCCGAUUUGGGCGGAUUUAUUCCGGGUCAAUUUUUGGCAGAUUCCAAAGGGGUACCAUCACAGAUUUCGGGCGAUUUAUCCGAAAUGCCAUUUUCUUUCGAUUCUGGAGGCUACAGAUCACGGAAUCAGGCCGAGCUAUUCUCCACCGAUAAUGAAGUCUAUUGAUCCUAUUCUCCACAGAUGAUAAGUCCGUUAAGCAUCGAUUUGGGCCAAUUUAUUUUCGGAAUGCAUUUUCGUAAUUUUUUGGGCGACGAAAGGCCAUUUUCUUUGGAUAUUGAAGGCUAGAGAUCACGGAUUCAACCUGAGGCUAUUCUUCAACGAUGAUUGAGUUCAUUAAGCACCGAUUUGGGCGGAUUUAUUCCGGGUCAAUUUUUGGCAGAUUCCAAAGGGGUACCAUCACCGAUUUCGUGCGAUUUUUCUGAAAUGCCAUUUUCUUUCGAUUCUGGAGGGUACAGAUCACGGAUUUAGGUCAAGGCUAUUCUCCACCGAUAAUGAAGUCUAUUGAUCCUAUUCUCCACGAAUGAUAAGUCCGUUAAGCAUCGAUUUGGGCCAAUUUAUUUUCGGAUGGCAUUUUCGUAAUUUCUUGGGCGACGAAAGGCCAUUUUCUUUGGAUAUUGAAGGCUACAGAUCACGGAUUCGGCCUGAGGCUAUUCUCCAACGACGAUUGAGUCCAUUAAGCCCCGAUUUGGGCGGAUUUUUUCCGGGUCAAUUUUUGGCAGAUUCCAAAGGGGUACCAUCACAGAUUUCGGGCGAUUUAUCCGAAAUGCCAUUUUCUUUCGAUUCUGGAGGCUACAGAUCACGGAAUCAGGCCGAGCUAUUCUCCACCGAUAAUGAAGUCUAUUGAUCCUAUUCUCCACGGAUGAUAAGUCCGUUAAGCAUCGAUUUGGGCCAAUUUAUUUUUGGAUGGCAUUUUCGUAAUUUUUUGGGCGACGAAAGGCCAUUUUCUUUGGAUAUUGAAGGCUAGAGAUCACGGAUUCAACCUGAGGCUAUUCUUCAACGAUGAUUGAGUUCAUUAAGCACCGAUUUGGCCGGAUUUAUUCCGGGUCAAUUUUUGGCAGAUUCCAAAGGGGUACCAUCACCGAUUUCGUGCGAUUUUUCUGAAAUGCCAUUUUCUUUCGAUUCUGGAGGCUACAGAUCACGGAUUUAGGUCAAGGCUAUUCUCCAUUUCUCCUAUGACAAUGAAGUCUAUUGAUCUAUUCUCCACCGUUUAUUAAGUUCAUUAAGCACCAAUUUGGGUCAAUUUAUUUUAUGAUGAUAUUUUCGUAAUUUUUUGGGCGCCUAAAUGGCAUUUUCUUUGGAUUUUGAAGGCUAUAGAUCUGUUAGAGGGGCACCCAAUAACCUUUUCCACGAAAGAAAAAUUAUAUUGAGCUGUCAAUUAUGCAAAACAUAUAAUAAACGUAACAAAUUAUUUAGGAUUGCAUCUCACAUUCCACAUAAAUUUAAAAAGUUUGCUCUUUCGAAAGAAAGCCAAAAGUUUAAUUCAAUUAGACCCAAAAAGUUAUAGGAAUAUGAAAUGAUUGUAAAUUUGUAGAAAAAUAUAAUAAAAAAUGGCAUAAUUUAAUUAAACAGAGCUCUAGUAAUAUCGAAAUGAAGACGAAAGAAUGUGAGGGAAAUGAAAUUGUGUAAAUUGAGAUGGAAAAUUUCAAUUUGAUAUAUGCCGUUAUGUUUAAGGAUGAAAAAUAUAACAAUACAAUCAAAAGUUGAUUUGUAUGGUUUAGUUGCAACUAAAAUAUUUAAGUGCUUGGUAUGCAACGAAAUCAGGUAACUCGAGGAAAUAGCAUUUGAGACUUGAGAGCCUAUAUAGUUAGUUUGUGCAUUAGUUUGUAACUAGCUAGCCAAGAAGACCAUUCAAGCCAUGGUUGCCACGCCGGUGGCAUGCCACCCGGUUGAAUCUGGAUCAACCUGUGCCGGUCAUGAAACCGGCAUGACACCACCGGUAUGAUCGGUAUGAUCGACUUACGCAUUCUAAGUAAAAUGACAUCAUUUUAAUGAAUUUAAUGAAUAAAA